AUGGCUACAGCCAGCAGGUAUUUUAUAUUAUCCAUGAUGAUUUUGGAACAUCUGAGGAAAAUGUUGAUAUUUUUAUUGUAGAAAACAGAAAUCGACCGUUCGAAUCGUCAAGACAGCGGUCCGGAAAGAUCAAUCGGCCAAGCCAGCGGAUCAGUCGGCCAGAAAAGUUCAAACUGAACAGGUAAAUUUAUAUUAUACUCGACAAAAAAGAUGACUUUUAAAGUCGAAUCUAAAUAAAAUUGGUGUUGUUUUAGUUGAGUUGUGUCUCGACCGAGCAGAAGAGAAUUACAAAACAGCAGACUGUCAAGGAAGGCAGGGAUCUUGAAGAGAAUGAUGCUCAAAAAAAGGCUCUGGCCAAUCAUUUGAGGUCCAUCGCUCCGUUCAACAAGCGAUGGAAUGUAAGAUACGAUUUAUUGGGGCCCAAAUUAUACUUGCAGGUGACCAAGACGAUCAAUGAAGGCACUUUUGGCGUCGUUUUUGCAGUUCAAGACAUCCAAACUGGAGUUGAAGGGGUCAUAAAGGUCGCCAAAUCUGAUGGAAAUGCCCCAGCAAAAUGGGAGGCCUUUAUUUUGGAGAAGGUUAUGAAGGCCGUGAGUGAUUGAAAAGGGAUUUGAUAAGAUAUUAGGAGAUUUUUAUAUUGUACAUGAUGAUUUUUUCAUGCGUAAUAUAAAAAAUAAUCGUAUUGAAAACGAUCGGAUAGUUGGAUUGGACCCUUAAUGCUGCUAUCAUGUCUUCAGAACCCCAAUGCAUCUGUAGUUCGCAUCCUGGACAAGGGAAUGUUGGCCGAUCACAACGGAAACGGGAUGGAAUUCAUGGUCCUGGAGAAGGCCGCCAUCCCCAUUAUGCAAUACAUCUCGAAGUUCUCGGGCAAGGAAAGGGAUCUGCACGUCAGCUUCAUCCUUUUGGACAUGCUCAAAGGCAUCCACGACAUGCAUCGGCAGGGUUUGUUGCAUCGGGAUUUGAAGCCGGACAACAUGGGGAUCCUCAGCAAAUCCCAACCGUUUGCGGUCUUGUUUGAUCUGGGCAUGGUUCGAAUGUUUACUGGAUAUUUUGGAGAGGUCAGACUCCCUAGAAGUGCCGUCUAUUUCCGUGGAACUCCGGAAUGGGCCUCAGGGCAUGCCUGCAAAGGAAGGGAACAGUGCUGGUUGGAUGAUCUGAUCGGAUGGAUGUAUGUGGCUGUGGAAUUGUAUGACGACACCAAAGAACCCAAUCAGCCAUUGCCCUGGACUCAGAGGAACACUACAAAGGUGAUUUUACAAUAUUCCCGGAAAUUUUAAACAUUCAUUUUUUGAUCGCACUUUUCCAUUUUUCUUCUUUGUUUUGUCUCUCGAUCAGCUUCGCUCUCUCGCCUUUAUCACUUUUUCUGUAUUCUGUUUUUGUGUUUUUAUGGAUAAAAAACGUAAAAUGAGAGAGAAGAGGAAAGAGGAGUGCGAGUGGAGAAAAAAAGGCGUUCGGAGAGAGAAGGAAGAGGAAAACGCGGAAGAGAAGAGAAUUGACUCCAAAAAUUUUCAUUCCCCAUCAGAAAAGUAAAGGGUAGUUUUUAUGAAAGACCGUAAUGAGUGGAGUGCAUUGGAUUAAUAUCCCAAAUUUGAGGUUAGCUCAAGUUUCGGCUCGGAUUUCGUGGCCGAAAGGGGAAAUUUUGGAACGUUCAGCUCUUGGAGUUGAACAAAUAUUCAUUUGCAGUGGCUGAAGCGGUCAACUUUUUUUGCUUUUUAGGGAAUUCGUUACCUAAAAUCGGUGUUCGGCCCAGCUCGUCUGAUCUUCAAACGAUGUCCCAAGGAGUUCUUCGCCAUCAAUGCCUAUCUCAUGACUGCCAAUCGUUUCGUACCGCCGGAUUACAACUUUUUGGUCUUCAAGAUCAAUGAAAUUAUUGAGAGACUUCAACGAGAACUUGGAGGGGCUGACAAAUACAAUAGAUACACUUCUGUUGGAGAGGAUUUGAAGGUCCAGCAAAAGGAGAAGGAGGCCAGAGAAAGGGCAGAGUUGGAGCAGAAUCUGGCCAGAGAAAUGGAAACCGAACUCAGAGUAAGUUGAAUGGUUUAGAUCGUGGUUUGAUCGUAACAUUCCUUUCCGCACGAAAUUGGCAAAAGUGUGUGCAAAAUUUGGAGAAAAUCAGAGAGUCCUAGUAGUGUGGUACUUCCCUUGUGAAUUUGCUUAUUUAGAGAUUGGAAGCGAAUAAUUUGGCUCUCAAAGAUGCCAAGGAAAAGGAACUGGAACAGAAGCUGAAGGCAGAAUACGCGAAGAAAUAUGGAAUCGAGAAAUUGAAGGAGAUUGAGAGAAGGCUCAGCGAAGAAAAGCGAAAAGGACUCAAUGAGGACGAACUCAAGGCAAAAGUGGCCAAGAAAGUGGAAAGAGAAAUGAGAAGAGAGAAGAAGAAACUCAAAGAAAACAUCGAAAUGAAACGAAGGACUAUACAGGCAUCCAAACAACUCAAGGUAGGUUAUGUUGUAGUAGAUUGACGAUGUUUUUAGUAACGUUGGAAUGAAUUUAUUUUAUUUCAGGAGGAGCAACUGUCAGAACAGGAGAGGAAAAAGAAGACCCCUGUGCUCAAUUCGACUUCAUCCCCCGAAGAACGCAAGAAAACGACGCAAGGUUUACCUCGAGAUUCAAAUUCGAAUCCAAAGAAGAGAAAAUCGAAUGAAAAGAAGGGAAAAAAGGAAAAUGAAGGAAGAAAAUGUAAGGAAAUAAAAGAAAUGUUUGAUUGUCCUUUUUUGACAUUUUGAUUUUUGAAUUUCCCCAUAUUAUCCAUGACAUUUUAAGCUGGAGUUGGCAAAAAAGUCGUCCAAAAGAAGCGUAGGAGUGAGUCAAAGAAAAUGGUUUUUGGCUCUGCACGUCCAAGGCCCAAAAAAAGCAGCAGAAGCCAGACUCGAACUGAUGUUGCCACUGUAGAUCCUAAUAGUCCGGACAAUUUGACAGCAACUGCACUCACCAAAAGCUCGGAUAAUGUCACCAAACAGUCUGCAUCUGAUCCAACAGUCUCGGGGGAUAAGCAUCUGUCCCUUGUGGAGACUUCGAAGAGACCUCAGGCCGACACGAAGACUGGAACUAGUCCAGCCUUGAAUGUCAGAAAGGCCUCAGGAUCCAAGAAGAGGAAGAAGUUGAAAAAUAGUCAGUGA